GAGGUUUCUGCAGAUUUCAGCUUGUGUUGCCAAGUGUUGCAAUGGAGCCGAGCUGGAGUACGUUUUUAUUCCAACAGGCCAAUGAGGCUCUGCAUCACCAGCACCACAUAGCCGGGAACAGUCUAUUGCCUUUGCUCAGCUCUGGAUCUGAGCCGCCUGAUCAGAAACCGGUGCUGCCCAUCCCUCUGGACCAGAAACCCCCUGUCAGUGCUGCAGAACUCCUUAAAGACAAUGUGGCCAGUGGGACAGGGGGAGGAGGGGGAGGGCCUCCUCUCGCUGUGAUCAAAAAAGAGCCCAAGUCAAAGACGCCCUUCAUCUGUGGCUACUGCAACAAGGCCUUCAGAGACAGCUACCACCUGCGACGGCACGAGUCUUGCCACACCGGAAUUAAGAUGGUCUCCAGACCCAAGAAAACUCAGAUGGCCCCCACAAUGGUGCCGCUCAUAUCCACCGUACCCCGAGAGAACAACGUCAACCAGUCAUACAUCACCACUGUGGCUGGAAUCCUUACCACAGCCACCACGUCCACAGCUACAGGCACCAGCAUUAUGACGCCCAUGCAGCACCAGCAUCAGCAUCAGCAACAGCAACAGCAGAGUGUUCCCAAGAAGCCCCCCAAACCUGUGAAGAAGAAUCACGGCUGUGACAUGUGCGGGAAGGCCUUCAGAGACGUGUACCACCUGAACCGCCACAAGCUGUCGCACUCUGACGAGAAGCCGUUCGAGUGUCCCAUCUGUCAGCAGAGGUUCAAGAGAAAGGACCGCAUGACAUACCACGUCCGCUCCCAUGAUGGGGGGGUCCACAAGCCUUACAUUUGCUCCGUCUGUGGGAAGGGCUUCUCGAGACCUGAUCACCUCAGCUGUCACGUGAAGCACGUCCACUCGUCAGAGAGGCCGUUCAAGUGCCAAGUCACGGCCUGUACCUCUGCCUUUGCUACCAAAGACCGUCUGCGCUCCCACAUGAUCAGACAUGAAGGUAAAGUCACCUGUAACAUCUGUGGUAAGAUGCUGAGCGCUGCCUACAUCACAAGUCACCUCAAGACGCACGGCCAGGCCAGCUUCAGCAACCCCUGCAACAAUAAAGGCAUAAGUGACUGGCAGUGGAACCACUCAGGGCCACGAAAAGGUGAGUUGACGGUAGGAGAGAUUUUAAAUAACUCCUUCCAAGUCCUAAUUGACAACUCUCACAAAGAUGCCAACAAUGUGCACAACAACUCCGCCACCUCCACGCCCGUCACCAACUCAGCAGCCAUCACCUCAGCUAUUAACCGCGGUGCCAGUAACCCCGUCACCAUCGCCGCUCAGAUGAACAUCGCCACCAGCACGGUGAACAUCACGUCCUCGAUGAACCUGCAGCACCCUGUCACCAUCACCGGCCCCGUCAACCUGGCCUCCGUCAACAUCCCGACGACAGCACACAUGAAUAUCGCCCACCCGGUGGCCAUCACCUCACCCAUGUCCAUGAAUAUCACCGGGCCACUCAACAUCGCCAUGAGGCCCAUGGAUAGCAUGCCUUUUCUAUCCCAAGUCCUGCCCUCCUCCCCGCCCUGGUAGAGCUGAUUGUAAACUUGUGUUGAAGCUGAUCAUGUUUUAACUGCCUGAUAAUGGAGCAACCGGUCACAUCUUUAUGGUCAAUGAUGGUGUCUGAAACCUGAAGAGCUGAUAACCAAUGAUAAAAAAAAAAAAAAAAAGUACUGAAGAUAGCAAUGAAUGAAUGUUACUCCCAUUGUGGCAUUAUGUGUUUUUUUUUUUUUUAUUAUUUAUGAAAGAAAAUGUUUCAGGCUUAUCUGGCUAACAGUCAGUCAAAAUGAAUUGAAUGAAGAGAUCAUUUUUUCGGCUAACCCAGUAGUUAAAUCAGUCGACCAAUUAAGGUACUUCAUCAUAUUGAUGAACUUAAUAUCUGAAAAUAAUAUCACCAUGCUGGAGCCUCGCUCAUGAAACUAUAACCCGUACUGUCAAAUUGCCAUAUCUAGUAGUAGGGAGUUGGAAGGAAAAGGCAGAUUUAAAGUUUCUGGUUAUAUCUGCCUGUAAAGCUCAUUUAAUACUUUAAUAAUUUAAUGGGAAAGAUCUUAAUGAAUUCUAAAACGUCCUGAGAUUAAGUUGUUUUGAUCAAGUAUUUACUUUGAUGGUCAGAUUAACUUAUUUUUGUUUUGAUGAAUGAUGCUACAAAACACUCCAGAUUAAGUUUUUCUCAUGCAAACAUGACUUUGGUGGGGAGGAUGUGUGGAGGGGGUUAUUUAGCGCACAUUUUCUCUGUAAAUAUAGACCAUUAAUGCCAAAGAUUUUCUAAGUGAACUGUUUCCAUUUGAAUGCUAUAUUUAAAAGGAUGAAAUAAGCAUUUGGACAGCCUUUAGACCAUCAAUAGACACUUAAAUGUCCUUCAAAAACCUGCAGUAAAACACCUCCAGCCCCAAUCCACAUCACCAAUUUACAUUACCCGUCAUGUCAGUGAGAUAAUCUUUUAACUUUUUAUAUUUUGUUUUUAAAUCUGAUCAUGUUUUUAAUGUUACUGGAUGAUCGUCACAUCUUCAGGUUUCAUGACACAUUCAAACAAAAAGAGUAUUUUCUUCCACAGUUGAACAUUAUCAGGCAGUUAAUACAGCAUCCGUUUCAACAUGUUCACCCUUACUGUGUUUGUAUUUAUCCCCUUUUAUUUCACUCGACUAGUUUGUUUCCUCUGACAGAUGGUAGAAUGGUAGAAUGGUAGGGUGAGCAGUCUCAUCACAGCAGUAAACACUCAACAGCAUGCUGUGAAGCAAACCCUUUACAGCCAAUUUUUUUUUUUCGGACUUCUUUUUAAAGUUCUAUUUAGCCACAGAAGGACCGUGUAGUUUUUGUAAAAGUGACCAGUGAAAGAUGAUUUCCUCAGCUGGUCGUGUGACUUCAAGCAUGGGUGAUGUGUGACACCUGAGGAAUUGUUUCACAGCUCCUUAAAUGGAAGUGUAUCGCUGGACUUCUUAAACACUUCCCCUUAAGGCAGAUUUUUUUUUUCAAGUUCUUUUUAUAUAUUGUUUUUAGUGGACUUAUCAGUAUUUGAUAGUUUAUGUAUUUUAAAGUUAAAGCUUCCAUUUUGGGGGAGGGAGGGGGUGAGUGAUAAUCUUUAUUUCACUGAUGUUCCAGAGGAGGUCUUUGAUCUGUCAAACAUCUGCUCCCCCCAUGUCUGUAUUUCAACAUUGCUGGAAACCAGUCACUUGUCACUGCUGCAUAAUCUGCACAAGUUUAUCUGUGACAUGUGUUUGUAUGUAUUUAUAAAUCAGGACAAGACGGUUGAAGGUACAGCAGAUAGGAAAUGUCUCGUUCUAAAAGCAUGUUCCCAAGGUUUUUGCCUUUUUAAAUGGCAGUAUUAUCAAAGGUCAAAUGAUUUUAAUUUUGAUUACUGACAGCUUUUUUAACUGUAGAGGUCAAGAGCGCCACCCAGUGGCUUAUUAGACUGUGAUACACAAGCAGUCCCAAAGUUAACUCUUGCGCUAUGUUCAGUUGAUUAGAUAGUUUACUUUAGCAGGUCUAGGAUCCCAUCACUGUCAGUCAAACUCAGGAAGGUUACUGAGAAUAGUCUUCAAACAUUUAACACUGAUCAUUUCUUUGUAAUUAUCAAACACUAUCUUAUUGCCUUUCACCUGUGGGAGCAUUACUGGGCUCACCACAGGAAACAAUGCAAGAACUGUAUCACCACUUGUGUGGCCGUCCAUCAGGGAGAGUUCAGAGAAAUGAACAGACUCAAAAAAGGGAAAGAGCUGGAGUCGGGUUCUUCUUUUAUAAACACAAGUCCAAAAUUCUAAAAUGUAUACCUUCAGCGAGCAUCAGGUGUGUAGCUGCAGCUUGGUGUAGUUUUUGCCUCAAAUAACACAGAAAUUCAGAAUUAGUCAUAUAAAACUAUUCAAAGAAUUAACAGUCAUUUUGAAUUCAGGCCCUAUUUUAAUGACUUGUGUACUAAAUGUUUUGGGAUUGGGGUUGCCUCAGCGGGCAGCUAAAAAGGCUACAACACAACCCUGCUGGCAAAUUAUCCAAAUUAAAGUAUGUCGACUGUAACUGCUUGUUUUGCAACUGACAGAGCAUUUAUUCCAAGUGUCCGAAUGUCUACCUCUUCUCACCAAUUCUGACUUAUACUUCCAUUCUCAUCCUCCUGCAACAUCUCAACUCUCAAAACAAGAUUUUGAAUGAGAAUGACUUGACCUUGAGCCAGGCUUGUCCCGAAGCUAAAUUUACCUCCUGGGAAACUUUCCUUGUUCAGGACAAUGAAGACCUGUCCCAUCAGCUCGUAUGUUCAUGCAAGACUUCUCCUGAAGGAGACUUGUCCCCGAUGAAGACCUUCUCCUAGGAGACUUUUUCUUUAGUGAGUCUUCUUUUUGAUCAUGAUCUUCUUAAGCACAAGUCCUUGUGAGAGACUUUUCCCUGGGCAGAUUCAUCAUUCAAGUGAGACUUGUCCUUGAAUGAGACCUUGGAGAAGGACUUUGAGCUGAACUGCUUUUCUAGUUGGACUUCUCCUUGAGGGAAACAUUGCUCUUGGUGAAACUUUCUGACUUCUUGAGGGACCUCAAGUGAGAUUUGUCCUUGAGUGAGGUCUUCCUGGAAUGAGGCUUGUCCUUGAUGAGGACCUGUUUUAAGUAAAAGUUGUCCUUGUUCCAGUUUUCUUCAGCUGCAUCCAGCAGUCCUUGAUCUUAAAUGAGAAUUUUCUUUACUUGAGCAAGACUUGUCCCUCAGGGGGACUGCUUAAUGAUUGGGAGUUAUGUUUGUUAUUAACAAAAAAAAACUUAAUCUCUAUUAAAAAUGCACCUUUGGAGCCUAUCCAUGAUGUCAGCCAUAAAAGCAAGCACUUGCAGUUGCAAACUUUCCAGGGCCGGAUAACCCAAAUGAUGUCCUCUAGGAGUCACUUAUGGUGGCAUUACAAAAUUAGUUUACAAAUGUCUUCCUUUUAGAGAUGACCUCAUUGUCAUAUAAAUAGACUAAACAGGACCAUCUCAUUAAUGAAUGCAGUUUUUAAAGAGCCAAAAUCACUCCAGCCCUUUCCUUUGCCAGUUUGACUUUCUCUGUAGAUCUCACCUGCACAGCUUGGAGUGUGGUUUAGUUCAGCUGUUAUUUUAUCACUUAUUGUUUCUGGACAGUUGAGGCUGUGAUCACAAAGAAAGCUUUAUAAAGUGUCAGAAGGGGUUGCCAACCCAUCGUCAUGGAUUGCCAAUCCACUAUAUGUUACAUCAUUCAAGGUUCUUCAAAAUUCUCACUCGGGGGUUAAAAAAGUGAAACCCCAAAAGUCAUUCUGAAGCUGUGUUCAGACCAAACCUUGUCAUCUCUGGUAUCAUAUCGGCACCUGGAUUCUCACAGCUGGAUUAAUCGUCCAACUCCUCCAUAAACUGUGUCUGGGUGAACUUUUCCUGCUUCCAGCAACUUAAGGCUGAGGCAUUCCCAGUUUGAUUAAUUGCCGAUUAUGAGUACGAGCAUUUCUCUUAAGGACACAAACUAGCAGUGUUAAAACAGUGGAGCUCCUGUCCAUCUGUCUCGACUGAGCGAGUUUCCCUGUAUCUAACAAGGCUAAAGUUGGCUCAUAAUCUGAGUAAGUACAAAAACAGUACUGACAAACAUUUCUGAAACUUGUUACUCGUGAGUAUUGGUGAUACAUGAACUGUAGUCCAGUGCUGGAUUUUUUUAAUGGCCUGAAAUGACCAAUGAAAUGGCCCUGUGAAAGAUUGACUUACUUUUGGUCUGAACAGAACUUAAUACUAUGGUUGUUCCACUUCUUGCAGUCCUACACGUAGUAGGAAUGCAAACUCCAUGUUUUGGGGGUCCUCCCUUGGAGCCAGUCAUCAGUCCCCAUGUUAGGGCUGUGAUGUUGAGACUCAUUGAGAGCUGGGGCUUAUACUACUAGGCAAGGUGAACAUAAAAUGUAUCUUUGGCUUCAUUAACACGGGCAUAAGAGUGCGUUCACACAGUGUUAGAUUCAUAUAACCUAUCUUGUGGUGUGUAAUAUUUCAGCUCCAACGGUAUCAAAUAGUGUGUUCUGGAGCUUUAGUAGGAUGAUCUUUUAAGUUACCACGGUUACCUAUCUGGGUAAGAAGUGAAUGGCCUUGGUAGGUGCUAACCCUGAAGUUACCUUGAUAACUAAACAGCCUGCUUAUUAGUAUAUCCCCCAGGUAACUGAAAGGUUUGAUGUGUCAUCUCAGCCCUUGAACAGCGAGGGGUUAAAGUCUCUUGUGAUCUCAGCCUCAGCGGUUCCUGCACCAGGCCUGCGUAAUGUUGCGCAGCUCGGGCUGUUUGUGUCGUGAGGACAAAAGCAAAAUUAGUUUGUAGAUGUGAAGCCUUUCUUAGUGAAGGCCUUUUUUUUUCAGUGCAGGAUCUCUGAAGCACUUGCAGCAAUUUGUAGGAUGUGCACACUACAGAGGAGCGGUACUUAGAGGGGCAUUUAUGUUCGGUGGAAUCACACAAUGGUUGGCCUGUUAAGGUUUAUGUUUGCAUGCCAACACAAUCCACCAGUGCUCUAACACAGAAUGGCAUUAUGAUCCUGGAAAAAUUACUCAUUUUAUGUCACUGUUUGUUUUUUUCUUUUGUUUCCAAUGUUGCAUGUGGACAAUGGAGCUCGUCCAGUGUAGGUUUGAGUUCAACAACCGUUCUUAGAAGGCUAGACUUUUUAUGAAAAGAAAACACUAAAAAAAAAAAAAAAAAAAAAAAAAUGUAGGAUGACACAAAGUGUGAGAUGUCAUUUGUCCUUCUUCAGUGGCCGUAAACGAAGUGUGCCUGAAAAACUUCACAAGGCUUCUUCCACACGUCGACUCUUCCUCCCGUGGGCGGUCUUCUGUGUGGCAACGAGGUCUGUGAAGACGCCUUCAUCAGUUCAGAUGUUCAGAUGUUCUUGGGCCCUCAAGGUCUGUAAACCAAACUGUCAUGAUUUGCUUUUUCAUUUUUAAACCGGAUUAUGUUUUGUAUCAGAAACAGCAUUAAAAAACAAUAAUUGAUCUUUAUUUGUUAAUGUAUGGAUGACAUAUAUCCAUGUGGUUUAAUUUGACUCCAACCUUAUGUGAACAAACAUUUAUUUGGCCAAACUAUCUUUUUUUAUUUUUUCAAGUUUGUGAUGAAUUUGGCAGAUGUGAAGGCAAAUGAAUGUAUAUCUUUGUACAAACCAUUUAGUUCAGAGGACAUGUUAGCUAAGAGACUCAUGCAAGAAAAACAAACCUUUUAUAAAACUUUUUGUAUUAGAACAUUAACAAUGGUAAUUUUUGUAUAUACGAAGGCUAGGCUUUCUGAUUAGCAGAAAGGUAAAACAUUCCUACAUUUUUUUUUAAAUGUAUGUCCAUUGAGAAAAUUAAUUAUGGAAAAAUGCGCAAUGUUUUAUGUGCCUUUUAUUUGGGUUUGUCUAAAUAAAAGAAACCAAUAAAACAUGACUGUGGACUGUCA